AUGGGGGUUUGCUGGAGCAACAAAAUCAAGGCUGAAACUCCUUCUCAUACAGGAUUCAAUUCUAAAAAUGGGAGUGCUUCAAAUAGCAAGGCCUCAUCAGGUUCCAUGCCUGUCACUCCUCGGAGUGAGGGUGAGAUCUUACAAUCUACUAAAUUGAAGAGUAUCGGGUUCAGUGAGCUCAAAAAUGCCACAAGAAACUUCCGUCCUGACAGUGUACUAGGAGAUGGCGGUUUUGGUUCUGUUUUCAAAGGUUGGAUUGAUGAAAGUUCUCUCAUAGCUACCAAGGCCGGUACUGGCAUGGUGAUUGCCGUGAAGAGGCUCAACCAAGAUGGAAUCCAGGGUCACAAGGAAUGGUUGACAGAAAUCAACUAUCUUGGGGAGCUGCAUCACCCUAAUCUUGUGAAAUUAAUUGGUUAUUGCUUAGAGGAUGAUCAUCGGCUCUUAGUUUACGAGUUCAUGCCUAAGGGUAGCAUGGAAAAUCAUCUAUUCAGGAGAAGUUCUCACUUUCAGCCACUACCUUGGAGCCUUCGAAUGAAAAUCGCCCUUGGUGCUGCAAGGGGACUUGCUUUUCUCCACAAUGCUGAAACACAAGUCAUACAUCGCGACUUCAAGUCGGCUAACAUUUUGCUCGACUCGAACUACAAUGCAAAGCUGUCUGAUUUUGGAUUAGCCAGGGAUGGCCCAACUGGUGACAAGAGCCAUGUCUCUACUAGGGUCAUUGGAACUCAAGGAUAUGCUGCUCCUGAGUAUUUAGCCACAGGUCAUCUUACUGCCAAGAGUGACAUAUACAGUUUUGGAGUUGUUCUACUAGAAAUGUUAUCUGGACGACGAGCUAUAGAUAAGAACAGACCAACUGGAGAACACAACCUGGUGGAGUGGGCAAAACCAUACCUGAGAAACAAACGCCGGGUUUUUCGUGUUAUUGAUUCUCGACUUGAAGGCCAGUACUCACUCAAUCGGGCUCAAAAGGCUGCCAACCUUGCACUUCAAUGUCUUUCUAUAGAUCCUAAGUACAGACCCGACGUGAACGAAGUGGUAACAACACUGGAGGAGCUUCAGGAGACAAAGGACAUGCAGAAAAGUACUCAGAAAGAGAACCAUGUAACUAGUCAUGGCCAUUCUAAUGGUGCUCCUAAUGCUUCCAGAGUGACUGCUUAUCCCAGGCCUUCUGCAUCCCCACUUUUUGCUUGA